UCUACCAAGAUUUUUGUUUAGAAAUGCCAAUAUGUAUUUCGUAUAUCAUAAGACAAGUUCGUAUCUCGGACGUAUCGAUUGGUUGCCAGAUGCCCGAGUGGGGAACUGCGGUUCCCUUCUAUCGGAGAGUUACUAGAUCGAGUAGGAUAGUGUCUGGCAGAAACACGCUGGACUUGACCGCGAUAACAUUCUAUAAUAAUGGCCGACCCGACCCUACAAACUUUCUGCUGUCAUCACACAAACCGAACGGAUAGAGCGAUAGUGAUAAUGCAGGAAUUCAAUACAGAUGCGUACAACACAGUAUGCAUGUUCUCAUCGACGAUGGGCAUGAUAGGCGCGAUUUAUCAGAUACUACCUCGAGCGGAUUCGAAUAGUUCUUAUCGUUGGAGGAGCUUCUUCAGAGGACGAGAUAUUAUUGUAUGGCUUGCAGUUGCCGAUCUCUUAGCGUCCUUAGGUGUGUUUGUGAGAUCAGUGCUAUGGAGAAAUUUCAAGUCCAUUAUACCAAUGGAAGGAGAUAUAUCGAACGUGGUGUUUUGUGCUGUGUUAUCGGCAUGGAUUCAGUAUUUCUAUAUGGCCACGUGGAUAUGGACGUUGUGUUACGCAGUGGACAUGAAGUUACUAUUGGGAGAUAAAAAUGGACGUCCUGCGUGCUAUCACACCUUAGCCUGGGUGCUUCCUGCCAUUCUUACCUCGUUCGGGCUGAUCAUUCUAUACAUUCCCGAUGCAAACUGCCACAACUUAACAUCAUUAUCCAGUGCGAUAAUGCGUAUCCUUCCGAAUUACUUCGCCACGUAUGUGUUACUGGCAGUGGUCAUGAUCGUGAAUCCCAUUCUAUACGUCGCAUCGACUCGUGAUCUUGAAACGGUGGUUCUGCACAGCAUGGCUCAGGUGACUGGCAGAGAGCGAAAGUUGAUACAAACGAUUAGAAUAAAAUUCGCUCUUAUCAAUUUGGUCUACUAUGUAUGCUGGACGCCCAAUUUAAUUAAUGGAUUACUAUUGUGGAUCUCAUGGUUUCAGUUACCAAUCAAGGCAAUCAUCACUUUAUGGUACAUAAUGGCUGUGACAAACCCCCUUCAAGCGUUUUUUAACGCGAUUGUUUAUCAAUCAUGGACUCGAAGGGAGAAAUUACGUUUUGAAUGUUGUCAAAAUUUUAAAUCGAGCACUAAUAUAAAUUUAAAUGCAAUUCCCAAAAUAGAUAGCGAUGUGCAUGUUUCUGAAUCAUCUCCAUUACUAAAUCCACGAAUAGGAUACGAACAGAAAAUACCACAUAUCAGUAUAAAUCAUGGAUCUUCGUCUCUAAAAUCGAGAUUUUGAAACAGACCAAUGAAGAAGAUAAAAACGAAAACGGAUGUAUGCAUGCAAGUUUCUUAAACAGAAGAUUCGGCGCACAGAUGCAUAUGUAAUAUAAAAUGGAUUGUUUAAUUACUUCUAAAAGAUAGAGUGCCUUUUUAAAAGAUAGUCUUUUUUACACAAUAUGCGUUGUAUAAUGAUCUCAUAAAUAAAAAAAUAUAACAAAAUAGAAAUAGAGCAUGUAUAAUAGGGAUCUCAUUAUUAAUAACAUUUUGUACUUAAACAUUACGUGUUAUACGCUCUAAAUACUGUUAAAAUAUAUCUUUUCUCUAUAUCAUAAUAUCACGAUCAACGGCGGUUACAUGCAUUAUUGUAUGUACAUAUAUUUCAUUACCUAUUUUAAUGCAUUUUAUUAUACAUACAUAUAUAUAUACA